AUGACGUGUCCGAUAAGAGGGGCCGAACUCGUGUGUCUCAUCGCCAUCUAUGAUAGAUCCUACUUUUACAAGGAAGCAGGACAUCAGCGUUUCAAGUCGAGGUGGACUGAAAAUUACGACGACGGUCACGACACCCAAUGGUUUGGACAGUUCAACGUGCUGAGCUGGCGUGCAGUGCUGCUUAGCGUGGAACGGAAGAAGCAGCCUGAAAAUGACGAUGACCUCUCAACCUGUAGAAGCCACGGGAGAAAAGGCCUUGGCGUCGAUGGUGUCCAACCUCCAGGAGCCGGAAGGGGCGCGGAGACUUGCUCUCAAUCUAGGCUCAUGCAGAGUGGCUACAAGAGGGCGGCAAUGAACUCUCUCAGUAAUCACGCCAUGUGCAACAUGCGGUCACAGCUUCGGAGGCACCGAAGAACAGUGGUGCUUUUGGACACCAAUCACUAUCACCACUGCAAGUUCCAACAAUCACUAUCACCACUGCAAGUUCCAACAAUCCAAGGGACCCUUCUAAAUGCCCUUCCUUGGUCUUUGGAACCGACCAACCUGUUCUACGGGCAUGUUUAUUAA